CUACUUAUUUACAUAUUUCAAACAUUUUUUGUAGGUAAUGGUUACUAACGUCACAUCAUUGUUAAAAACUGUAAAAGCAGUUGAAGAUGAGCAUGCACGUGGCACACGGGCAUUAGAAUCAACUAUUGAAGCAAUUGCUCAAGAAAUUAGAACAUUAAAUUCAUCAGAAAACAUAAAAAAUAACACAACAUUGGAUGAUCUUAUAAGAUGCACUAAAAAUAUAACUACAUCUACAGCAAAGUCUGUAGCUGCUGCAAAUAGCUGUAAGCAACAUGACAUAAUUGCUGCUGCUAAUAUGGGCAGAAAGUCAAUCAGUGAUAUGCUUUUAAUUUGUAAAGCCGUUAGAUGGAAUUAUGCAAAAACUGAAGAUAUGAAAGAACGUAUAAUCAAAGCAGGCCAGGAUAUAGCUAUUAAUUAUAGAGAAUUACUACAAGUAAUACUUCAAAUAACAACAAAAUCAAGUGAAUGUAAGCAUUUGCUUUUACCAGUUUCUCGUAAAAUAUCACAAAAUGUUACUGAGCUUAUAGCGGUUACUGAAAUUUUAAAAGGAAAUAAAUGGGUUGAUCCAGAUGAUUUAGCAGUCAUUGCUGAAAAUGAAUUAUUAGGAGCUGCAGCUAGUAUAGAUGCAGCUUCCAAAAAAUUAGCUAAUCUUCGUCCUCGUAAAAAUAUUCAGGAAACAAAAGAAGAAUUAAACUUUGACGAAAUUAUUUUAGAAGCAGCUAAAUCAAUAGCUGCAGCUACUUCAGCUUUAAUUAAAGCAGCAAGUGCUGCUCAAAGAGAAUUAAUAUCUUCUGGCAUCGUUUCAAGAACUCCUUUAAUGAGUUCGGAUGAUGGGCAAUGGUCUGAAGGAUUAAUAUCAGCAGCUAGAAUGGUAGCUGCAGCUACACAUAGUUUGGUAGAAUCUGCAAAUACAUUAGUUCAAGGACUCAGUAGCGAAGAAAAAUUAAUUUCCAGUGCUAAACAGGUCGCCAGUAGUACUGCACAACUUUUAGUAGCUUGCAAAGUAAAAGCUGAUCUUGAUAGUGAAAGUACAAAACGCUUACAAGCCGCGGGUAAUGCUGUAAAACGAGCUACAGAUAAUUUGGUUCGUGCUGCUCAACAAGCAAUACAACAUGAAGAAGAACGGUCGCUUAUCUUAAAUCGACGAAUAGUGGGUGGUAUUGCACAAGAAAUUAAUGCAAGAUCAGAAGUAUUACGUAUAGAAAAAGAACUUGAAGAAGCUAGAGGGAGGCUUACUGCAAUAAGACAAGCAAAAUAUCGAAACCGUGGUGAUGCAUCUGAUUUGGAUAUCGAUAUUGAUCAAAAUAAUGACGAUACGUUUUCACAUUGUGAAAUAAAAUUUGACGCUUUACCAUCAAACUGUUUUAAUUUACAAUUUUGUGAUUCUAAAUCAUCGGAAGAAUUUCCAAAUUUAUCAGAAAACAUGAAUCAUAUUAAAAAUUUUAAUGAAAAUUUAAUUAGUCCUGAAAAGGUUAAUGUAACUCAAAAUACGCUCGAAAAAAAAAAAAAAGCGGAAAUAUGUGCUCCUAUAUUUUUAGAAAAUUCGUGUGAUCUAUAAUGUAUUUUCCAUGCGUGGAUGAAUCAAAAUUUAAAACAACUAAUGUUGAUUUAUCAUAUCACUUGAAUUCAUUUGACAAAAAAAUAUAAUAAAAAUUUACAUUAAUAAUUAAGACCGAUGUUUAAGUUUAUAAAUA